CUACAAGCCUUAACCGGUUGAGAGAACGAUCUAUAUUUUUUUGUUGAGAAUGUCGUAUGCAGAAUUAAGUGAAGGACACUCCACCGUUAGACCUCCACUCUUCGAUGGAACAAACUACACCUAUUGGAAGGAACGAAUGAGGAUUUACAUUCGGUCAAUCAACUUCCAACUAUGGUUAAUAAUCAAAAACGGUGAGACGAUGCCAAUGAAAAAGGUUGGUGAAACCACCAUCCCAAAGAAGGAGGAAGAAUAUGAUGCUGAAGACAUCAAGAAGGUAGAAGCUUUUGAAAAAGCUAAACACAUGAUUUUUUGUGCAAUUAAUCCGGAUGACUACCGGAAAAUUUCUUCUUGCUCCAUCGCAAAAGAAAUGUGGGAUAAGCUUGAAGUGACAUACGAAGAUAAUGCUCGCUUGGCGAGAAAGGCUAUUUAUGAUGAUCUUGCAGAUUCACUAGAGAGAGUACACCUUGAAGACGAUGAAGAAGACACACCAUUAUACACCAACCCGCAACCACAACCUGAGGAAACACCUCAAGUGAUGGUCGAAAGUGAAGACCAAGCAGACGAAGAAGAACAAGAGGAAGCCCGGGAACAAGAGGAAACCGAGCUUCCCAUUGCUUGGAAAACGCACAGGAACCAUCCACUUGACCAGGUAAUCGGCAGCAUCAACCGCGGGGACAAGAGCAGGGCCGCCACUUCCGGGAAAUCAAAGUCCAAAUCCCGGGCGCCUACAUCUUCCUCCGAGGAGCGCCUCUACUAUGGCGAUGGGUCAUACCUUUGGUUUGAUUCCGAGGAGGAGCGCACCCGUUUCCUCACCUUUUUCUCUAAACGGGUUGUGGCUCCCCCACGGAUCAUCCCGGAGCGCUACCCGGAACUGCAGGGCUACGACGAACUUGACGCACAGCUUCAUCAAGCCGGCCUUUGGCCGUUUGUCUCCCGGGCGCACAAGGAGAUCAACCCGGCGCUGAUCCGGGCCUUCUACUCCAACCUCCGGCGUGAGGACGACGUGCUCUACUCGCUUGUGAAGAGCACGUCGAUUGAGCUCACCGUGGAGCAGCUUGGGCGCAUCGCCGGCCUCCCCUUCCAAGGCGACGACGUGUCUCACUAUGGCGGAGAGGACUGGGUGCUCAACAACGAGGGCCUUAUCCUCAACGAGCUUUGUAACGCCCCGAAAUCUGGCCCAAAAGAAUUAAUUAAAUUCCGCGGUCGUCGCCUCCACUUCCAGCGCCGGUCGCCAAUCGCCGCCGCUGCUUCCUUCGCCAGAGGUCCGCCGUUAGCAUCAGCGCCGCCGACGACGGUUCACCUCGUCGUUCUGCCGAUCUUCGCCUCCACUGCCAGCGUCGGUCGUCCUCGCCAUCGAGCUGCAGCGCCGCUGUUUCUCCUUCGCCGGAAGUCCACCAUCAUCGCCGUCAAGUGCAGCGCCGCUGUUUCGCCUUCGCCGGAAGUCCGCCAUCAUCGCCGUGGGGUGCAGCGCCGCCACGCCGAGCGCUGGACGUCGCCUCCACUGCCGGCGUCUUUCCUCGCCGUCGAAUUGCAGCGCCGCCAGUCGCUGCUCAUCGUCGUCGAGCUGCCGCUACGCCACUGUCGCCGGCGUCUCUCACCGUCGCCGCAUCCAGCCGCUGCCCCGAAUUGAUAUCGCCGGCAGAUUAACCUCCACGCCGGAUUGAUUGGUCGAUUUCGCAUUUUGACUCAAUUUGACCCGUUCGUUUGAUUUCGUUGAUUUGUCUUCCGUUCGAGCUAUCGAUUCGAUUUCUGCGUAAUCCAGGUCCGUACUAUGAAGUUAAUAGCAUUUAGAAUAGAUUUAAUUGUUUGGA